GCAAGAGGCGGGAGGCGUCCUGUCGCCCCAGGAGACAGCGUGAAGGGGCGGAUCUGUCAAUGAGCUGGGCGUCACUGCGAGGACUCCCAGCCACUAGGGACGAAGGGGCUGACCGCUGACGUCUCCCGGGGUGUCCGGCAGGGGGCGGGGCCCUGUUGCCAGAGUAACCGGAUGAUGGUGUGGAUGGCGGUGCCUUCCUGGGGCAACUCGGCUUCCUCGUGCUGAGAUCCUGAAACUAUGAGUUACAGUGAAAGAUUCGUUUUCAUUGUGGAGUGGUAUGAUCCAAAUGCUUCACUUCUUCGGCGCUAUGAGCUUUUGUUUUACCCAGGGGAUGGAUCUGUUGAAAUGCAUGAUGUGAAGAAUCAUCGCACCUUUUUGAAGCGGACCAAAUAUGAUGACCUGCGCUUGGAAGAUUUAUUUAUUGGCAACAAAGUGAAUGUCUUUUCUCGACAAUUGGUGUUAAUUGAUUAUGGAGAUCAAUAUACAGCACGCCAACUGGGCAGUAGGAAAGAAAAAACAUUAGCCCUCAUCAAACCAGAUGCAGUAUCAAAGGCUGGAGAAAUAAUUGAGCUGAUAAACAAAUCUGGAUUUACUAUAACCAAACUCAAAAUGAUGGUGCUUUCAAGAAAAGAAGCAAUGGAUUUUCAUGUAGACCACCAAUCAAAACCCUUUUUUAAUGAGCUGAUCCAGUUUAUUUCAAGUGGUCCUAUAAUUGCCAUGGAGAUUUUAAGGGAUGAUGCCAUAUGUGAAUGGAAAAGACUACUUGGACCUGCAAACUCUGGGGUGGCACGUACAGAUGCUUCUGGAAGCAUUAGAGCCCUCUUUGGAACUGAUGGCAUAAGGAAUGCAGCUCAUGGCCCUGAUUCUUUCACUUCAGCUGCCAGAGAAAUGGAGUUGUUUUUUCCUUCGAAUGGAGGUUGUGGACCAGCAAAUACUGCUAAAUUUACCAAUUGCACCUGUUGCAUUAUUAAGCCCCAUGCUGUCAGUGAAGGACUCCUGGGAAAGAUCCUGAUGGCUAUUCGAGAUGCAGGAUUUGAAAUCUCAGCCAUGCAGAUGUUCAAUAUGGACCGGGUUAAUGUUGAAGAAUUCUAUGAAGUUUAUAAAGGAGUAGUGUCUGAGUAUAAUGAGAUGGUGACAGAAAUGUAUUCUGGUCCUUGUGUAGCACUGGAGAUUCAACAGAAUAAUGUUACAAAGACAUUUCGAGAAUUCUGUGGACCUGCUGAUCCUUUUGCAAACAUCAUUGAGAAGUGAACAGAGGGCCUACGCUGUGGCACAGUGGGUUAACGCCCUGGCCUGAGGCGCCGACAUCCCAUGUGGGCGCCGGUUCGAGACCUGCCUGCUCCACUUCCUGUCCAGCUCUCUGCUCUGGCCCGGGAAAGCAGUGGAGGGUGCCCAAGUCCUUGGGCCCCUGCACCCACGUGGGAGACCGGGAAGGGCUCCUGGCUCCUGGCUUUGGAUCGGCACAGCUCCAGCCGUUGUGGCCAUCUGGGAUUGAACCAUCAGAUGGAGGACUUCUCUCUGCCUCUCCUCUCUGUGUAACUCUGACUUUCAAAUAAAUAGAUAAAUAAAUCUUUGGCCAGCGCCGUGACUCACUAGGCUAAUCCUCCGCCUGCGGCGCUGGCACCCCAGGUUCUAGUCCUGAUUGGGGUGCCAGAUUCUGUCCCGGUGCCCCUCUUCCAGUCCAGCUCUCUGCUGUGGCCCAGGAAGGCAGUGGAGGAUGGCCCACUAGGAGGAAGCACCUGGCUCCUGGCUUCGGAUCGGCGCAAGCAAGUUGGGGAUUGAACCAACAGAAGAAAGACCUUUCUCUCUGUCUCUCUCUCUCUCACUGUCUAGCUCUGCCUGUCAAAAAAAGAAAAAAAAAAGUGAACAGAAAUUUAAGUCAGUCUGUAAAUUAUUGAAGGUGUUGGAUUUUUUUUUUCUGAUUUCUCCAUCUGAUCAAUAGGAAUAUAGCUUAUCUAUUCUUCUAAAUACCAGACUGGAUGAGAUUAUGUAUAAAUAACUUCUGUUUCUGGCUUCACUAGAUUCAGGCUAAAAAACAAAAGCCACUGUAACUCAUUUCUAGUCACCUGAAUUAUCUGGUCUUUUCCUCAUUUUUGUUCUUGAAGAGCAGAUGUAGUUUUCCCAAAGAACUCAAAUUCAAUGGGUAUCAUAUUUCAGUGUCAAGAAUUAUGCAUACAAUAGUUCCUCUUAUCCAUGGCCCCACUUGUCACAGUUUUAGGUACCCAAAGUCAUCGAUGGUCCAAAAAUAAUGUGGAAAAUUGCAGAAAUAAAUCACAAGGUUUAAAAAAAAAGUUUGCUUACUAUUUAAUAGGCAGAGACACAGAGAGGGAGAGACAGAGAUCUUCCUUCCACUGGUUCAUUCCUAAAAUGGCCGCAACAUCUAGGACUGGGCCAGGCUGAAACCAGGAGACAGGAACUCCAUCUGGUUCUCCCACGUGGGUGGCAGGGGCCCAAGUACUUGAGCCCAAGUACUUGACAGCUGGGAUUCAGUGCAGCACUCUGAUAUGAGAUGCUGGCCUUGCAAGUGACAGCUUACCCCACUGGCCACAACACUGGCCCCCAUUCCUAAGUUUUAAAGAACUUUUAUUAUAGUAUGUUACAAUUUUCCAUUGCAUUAUUAUUAACCUCUUACUGUGCCUAAUUUAUAAAUUAAACUUUAUCAAAGGUAUGUAUGUAUAAGAACAAACUGCAUUCCUGUAGUGUUUGUACUAUCUGCGGUUUCAGGCAUCCACUGGGGCUCUUGCAACAUAUGCCUUAGGGGUUAGCGGGACUUCUAUAUACUUAAUGUAAGCCUUUUAGUUAAUAUAAACCCUGUAAAGUAAUUCCUUGGCUUUUUUGAUGGAAUUCCAAAGUGGGGCAAUAAAUGUUAUCAACAGGCAAGGAUUCUGUGUCUCCAGGCUUUAAUGGCAACCAAAAACACCAUGCUGCUUUCCACAGAGAGUGAGUUCUUGAUCUCCCUUGUCUACCCAAAUAGAGAAUGCAUUAAAGGUAAUCCUGGGAGAUUAUGUUUACUUGGAACAUUGGUCUAAAUUUUCUCUGUCUCUUUUUUUAAUGUAUUUAUUUGAGAGAUACACAGAGACAGAAGCCACCCAUCCAUCACUCCCCAAAAUCCUAAAUCAACGGGUGCUGGGUGCCAGCUGAGCCAGGAGUCAGGAACUCAAUCCAGGUGUCCCAUGUGGGAGUCAGAAAACCAAUUACUUGAGUCAUCACCACUGUCUCCCAAGGUCUGCAUUAGGAGGAAGCUGGAGUCAAAAGCUGGGUUUCAAACCCAGGUACUCCUCUUAACCUCCAGUAGGACUAAACUCACUUCUCUGGUUGCUUUGAUGAAGAGUUCAUUUGCUUCCUUCUUGAGAAAUAUAAAUCGUUUCUUUGAACCAUAGCCUAUACUUUUUUUUUAAUUCCUUUUCUCCCCAGACUCCCUAAUCUCAGUCAAUCUCAGUCCAUGCUUUACAAGUGAAAUUAGGCAAACUAAAAGAUAAUAUCUUUGUUCUCUGAGAAAUAUUUUCAAAAAUUUUUUAUUUUCUUCCUAGUUAUAGAAGUGAUUCAUGUUUUUUAUCGCAUUGUCCCAAAAAAAGCAAAAUUAAGGAAAUUAUGGAAAAGAGCCAACAAAACAAAAAUUAUAGAACUGUAAUUGUUUUGUCUGCUUCCCAGAAAUAUUGUGAACAC